GUGACACCUGGGCGAGCGCGGGAGCGCCCGCGGCGGCGAACGGCACGAUCGUCGUCGCCGCGGCCGGCGUCGUCAGGCUGCGCUACGACUGGCUCCCCGCGCCGGAGUGCGUCGUCGUCGGCGAAAACGGCGGCCUGCCCCUCGCGCCCUUUGUGCUCGACGUCGGCGGCGGCGCCGUCGCGCGGACGCCGCCGAUGGGCUACAACACGUGGAACUACUUCCACUGCAACGUCGACGAGAGGGCCGUCGUGCGCACGGCGCGGCUCCUCAUCGACCUGGGGCUCGCGGCCAAGGGCUACGCCUACGUCAACGUCGACGACUGCUGGCAGGUCGGGCGGGACGGCGCGGGGAACAUCGUCGCGGAUCCCGCGCGGUUCCCGGGCGGCAUGAAGGCCGUCGCGGACGCGGUGCACGCCCUGGGCAUGAAGUACGGCCUCUACACGGCGUCGCACGAGUUCACGUGCCAGGGCCGGCCCGGGUCCUACCUCCACGAGACGCGCGACGCGGACGCGUACUGCGCCUUCGAGGUCGACUACGUCAAGAUCGACGCGUGCGGCGGCCGGGGCUACGCCAAGAAGGACCGUCGGAAGUCGUGGCAGCUGUUCCGCGACGCUUUUGAUGAGUGCCACGCGCGCACGGGCCGCGCCGUCGUCGAGUCCGUCGAGAGCUGCGGCACCGUCGACGAAUGCGGCGCGUGGGUCGGCGACGUCGCGCACCUCUGGCGGACGACGAACGACAUCCAGAACAACUGGGCGUCCGUGCUCGCGAACGCGGACGCGACGGAGCGGCUCUGGAGCCUGGCGGGGCCCGGCCACUGGAACGACCCGGACAUGCUGCUGGUGGGGAACGUCGGGCUGGACGCGGACGAGGCGAGGGCGCAUUUCUCCAUCUGGUGCAUGCUCGCGGCGCCGCUGCUCAUCGGGACGGACCUCCACGCGCUGUCGGCGGAGAACCUGGCGAUCCUCGGCAACGAGCACCUCAUCGCCAUCGACCAGGACCCGCUGGGCUUCCAGGGGCGCAAGGUCGUCCGCGGGGCGCGGGAGGUGUGGAUGAAGCAGCUCGCGAACGGCGACGUCGCCGUCAUGCUCCUCAACCGCGACGCCCGGGCGGCGCGCGUCUCGGCGAAGCUCGACGCGGUCGGACUGGCGGCGGGGCGGCGCUACGCGGUCUUCGACUGCUGGCGGGGCAAGGCCGCGGGGACCGCCGCGGGCUCGUACGCGGCGGACGUCCCGCGCCACGGCGCGGUCGUCGUCCGGCUGUCGCCGGACACCGCGGGGAAGGAGCCGGCGAAAAGCGGCGGCCUGCUGAAGGGGCUGCUGGCGGGGUAAGGCGGCACGGCGGG